AUUCAGAAGAUGUCGCCCACAUAAAUCAAAGUAAAAAGCCUUCUCUCCUCUCUUUCAGUUUCGACAUUCCCCAGAGUCUCUCCACUUUUUGUCUCCAACCAAACAAACCUUUCUUCAUCGUGAAACAGAGCAUAACAGAGAACAAAACAGAGACGUUCGACUCUCUGUCUUAAUCUCCCACUAAAUCCUUUGUCUGAAUUCCAAAGUAACUAAAUCCUUUGUCUGAAUUCCAAAAUCGAUGGAAACCGCUACAGCAAUUCCGGUUCAGGAAACCGGGUCAGGAUAUCAACCCCCUGUUAAUCCAGAUGGGUUUGUGACGAUCGAUGUCGAAAGUUUCACUCCUGUUUUUAACAAAGACUUCUCUUCGUCGAGUCCUAGAAUUACUCUGCAGAGAAGUGUUUCGAGGAAAGGGUCUCCAAGAAGCAAUAACAACGAGAGGAAACUCUAUUGCGACGCAAAUGGUAAUGACAGUGAGACCUCAUUUCCUCAGUCCCCACUUAGAGGAACAAGCACGCCGGAAAAGAUGAGCAUCGUGGGGUCCACAGAUAAUGCAGGUACGCCCACAGCCACAGCCACCGCUGUUUCAGCCUCACCGCUUCAUCAGAUCACCAUUACUACGGCUGCGGCCACCGCCGGAAAUAUGAUAUCCGAUCAAAGUAGAGAAAGAAGAUUUGGUUUUGCGAGGAAGUCGAGUUUUAAACGCUCUCACACAUCUUGGGUGUUUGAUCCCAAGAAAGUCGUCCUCUUCUUUGCAACUUUGUCAAGCAUGGGAUCAAUCUUGUUAAUCAUAUUUACUCUCUCGAUCAGCAAGUCUAAUCUUGGAGAUAUGCCUCUCGAAUAAUAGUAAAAAUACAAGAAGAUAUAUGAGAUGGACCGACCUCAGUUUGUGGCGUUAGAGCAUACGACAAUCUCACCGACCUACAUUUGAGGAGAUGAAUCAGAGGAACAUUACAAAAAAAAACAAAGAGCGUAAGGUUGUGAUAAUAAUUAUUUUGUAUAGUUUUUAUUUUUUUAAAUGGAAAAAGGAAACAUCAAGAGAAAGUGAGAAGUGGGCACGCACGAGAUCAUAUGAAUAUUGGAAAAGAAAGCUUAAGACAAGAGUUUAUGACUGUUGUGACAAAGACGGAGAAUCUUCUCUUCUGUUCCUUUUAAUUAAUUUCUUUGUUUUUUUCAGUUUAUUUUGCCUAGUUAUUGUGUUUUUCAUUUUGUUGUAUUUCUUUAUGUGCAUGUAUAUUAUUGACAUGAGUA